AUGCCCUACUUCACCUCGCAGCUGCGCGACCAAACAGACCCGUCUCGCUCGCUGCGCGCCGCCCACUACCAAAAGGCCCGAAAAAGCAAAGAGAAAAGGAACCUAGGCGAAUCCCACCCAGAGCCCAUCGACGACGACAGUGACCGUGACCAACAAGACGCACCGCACGAGCAAGCAUAUCCACGCUCGACAGCUCAAUCGCCCGCCGCUUCGGCUGCGCCCGAAAAAGCACAGCUGCGUGUCGCAGGCCUAUUGCCUGGCCACGCACACGACGUGCCCCGACCACCCUUUCCCCACGCGCCUGCCAGCGUUUCCAGAGGCCCCCAUGGGCCCACUGCCAUCCACGAGCAAUUGGCCAGCGCGCCUGUCCGCCUGUAUGCUGUCGACCCCGCCUCCACCGACACCCACGCCCAGCCCGAUGCCUCCAAGAGGGCCCAUCUCGACAACCUCACCACGCUCAUGCACUGCUGCUUGCUCAGAGGCGACUACGACCGUGCUGGCCGCGCAUGGGGCAUGAUUCUGCGCACCCAGAUUGCUGGCGGCCACCCUGUGGAUCCUCGCAAUCAUGGCCGCUGGGGCGUGGGCGCAGAGAUAGCUCUUCGACGCACACCGCACAAUGCAGGCGUUGACAUGCAGGCUGAAACCCACGUUGGCGAGAUGGGCCCUUUCUCGGAAGAGGCAUUCGAGCUGGCUCGGGAGUAUUACGAUCGGCUCAUCAUCCAGCACCCCAACCGCAAGACACUGCCGCAUGCCGUCGACGAGCGCAUGUUCUACCCGGCCAUGUUUUCGCUGUGGAUCUACCAGGUAUGCGAAAAGUCCAAGCGUACAAGGCGGCAGCUGCAAGGUGAACGCACAGAUAGAUCACACUCUCCGAGAAGCGUAUCCAGUGCUGGUGAUGCUGCCGACAGGCCCACCGACUUUGGCGCAAAGGACGAGGCGAUUCGAGUAGAGGAACUGGCCCAGGCCAUGGAGAUUGCGGAGCGUCUUGACCAAGUGAUUGCAUCGCCGCCCUUUGACAGACAAGCCAAUCUUUUGCAGCUUCGCGGCAACGUUGCUCUGUGGAUCAGCAAUCUCACAGCUGGAACCGGCGCUGAGGAAGACUGGGACGCAGCAGCAUGUGCACAAACCAGGCCAGCCAACAGGGUCUCUGUUGCAGAUCGACACCAACGGCUAACCAACGCCCAAAGAGAACUCCGGGCUGCACAGGCCUGGUUUGAUCGAGCCGCAGUCAAUGGCGCUGAGGGCCAGGCUCGCAUCUUGUCCAGCAUUGACCAAAGACUUGCAGAGGUGACCACGUACAUGCAGAGACGGCGGCCUUCGCCACAAGACGACUAG